GGCAGCAUGGACAUCCGCAACGACGUCUCCCAGCUCCAGAAGCUGGAGAACUGCUCCAUCAUCGAGGGCAACCUGCAGAUCCUGUUGAUGUUCACCACGGGCGCCGAGGACUUUCGGGGGCUCAGCUUCCCUCGCCUGCUCAUGAUCACCGAGUACCUGCUCCUUUUCCGCGUCUACGGGCUGGAGAGCCUGCGGGAUCUCUUCCCCAACCUCUCCGUCAUCCGCGGCACCAACCUCUUCUUCAGCUACGCCUUGGUCAUCUUCGAGAUGCCGCAUCUGCGGGACGUGGGGCUGCACAGCCUCGGCCACGUCCUGCGCGGUUCGGUCCGCAUCGAGCGCAACCAGGAGCUUUGCCACCUCUCCACCAUCGACUGGGGGCUGCUGCUGCCCGACGCCGUGGACAACACCUACAUCGUCGGCAAUAAGUUGGCCGAAGAGUGCGCCGACGUCUGCCCGGGCAUCCUGGACGUGGAGAAGCCGUGUGCGCAGACCAGCGUCAACGGGCAGCUGGAUUAUCGCUGCUGGACAUCCAGCUACUGCCAGAAAGGCCGCCAUUUCCAUUUCAACGGGCACUGCCUGCCCUCCUGCCCGCCCCGCACCUACGAGUACGAGGGCUGGCGCUGCGUCACCGCCGAGUACUGCGCCAGCCUCCGCAAGGUCUCCGACAACCCCCGCGACGCCUCCAAGUUUGUCAUCCACCAGCGGCAGUGCCUCUCCGAGUGCCCCUCGGGCUACACCAGGAAUGAGAGCAGCAUCUUCUGCCACAAGUGCGAGGGGCUGUGCCCCAAGGAGUGCAAGGUGGGCACCAAGACCAUCGAUUCGACGCGGGCGGCGCAGGAGCUGGGGGGCUGCACCCUCGUCGAGGGCAACCUCAUCGUCAACAUCCGCCGGGGCUAUAACCUGGCCUCAGAGCUGCAGAGCAGCCUGGGGCUCAUCGAGACCAUCACGGGCUUCCUGAAGAUCAAGCACUCCUUCGCUCUCGUCUCCUUGUCCUUCUUCAAGAACCUCAAGCUGAUCCGCGGCGACUCCAUGGUGGACGGGAACUACACCCUGUAUGUCCUGGACAACCAGAACCUGCAGCAGCUCUGGGACUGGAGCCACCAUGUCCUCUCCAUCCCUGUGGGCAAGAUGUACUUUGCCUUCAACCCCAAGCUGUGUCUGGCUGAGAUCUACCGCAUGGAGGAGGUGACAGGCACCAAGGGGCGGCAGAACAAGGCGGAGAUCAACCCCCGCACCAACGGGGACCGGGCGUCCUGCAAGACCCAGACCCUGCGCUUCAUCUCCAACAUCACCGAGUCCGACCGCAUCUUCCUCAAGUGGGAGCGGUACCGGCCCCCCGAGUACCGGGACCUCCUCAGCUUCAUCGUCUACUACAAGGAGUCACCCUUCCAGAACGUGUCGGAGUACGUGGGGCAGGAUGCCUGCGGGGCGCAGAGCUGGAACGUGCUGGACGUGGAGCUGCCGCUCAGCAGCGAGCAGGCACCGGGGGUGGCCCUGCUCAACCUCCGCCCCUGGACCCAAUACGCCAUCUUCGUCCGCGCCAUCACCCUCACCACCGCCGAGGAAGGACGCAACUACGGGGCGCAGAGUGAGGUGGUCUACAUCCGCACCAUGCCGGCGGCCCCGACAGUGCCCCGGGACGUCAUCUCCAUGUCCAACUCCUCCUCCCACAUCGUGGUGCGUUGGAAGCCGCCCACGCAGCGCAAUGGCAACAUCACCUACUACCUGGUGCUGUGGCAGCAGCUGGCCGAGGACAUGGAGCUCUAUGUCAACGACUACUGCCACAAAGGUCUGAAGCUGCCCACCAGCAGCGCGGACACCCGCUUCGGGGACGGGGACGGCCCCGAGGUGGAGCAGGACGCAGAGGAGCGGUGCUGCCCCUGCCGUCCCACCGAUGGGCAGCUCCGCAUGGAGGGUGAAGCCGAGUCCUUCCAGAAGAAGUUUGAGAACUUCCUCCACAACUCCAUCAUCAUCCCCAGGCCACCCUGGAAGGUGACAUCCAUCAACAAGAACCCACAGAGGACCCCGAAGCGGCGCAGGGACGUGGUGGCUGUCACAUCCCCGGCCAACGCCUCCUCGGCAGAGCCGCCGGCCCCGAGCCGCGCUGGGGGCGAGCCCAAACCCGACUUCCAGAUCUUCGAGGACAAGGUGGUGCGCGACCGUGCGGUGCUGUCGCGGCUACGGCACUUCACCGAGUACCGCAUCGACAUCCACGCCUGCAACCACGCCGCGCACACCGUGGGCUGCAGUGCUGCCACCUUCGUCUUCGCCAGGACCAUGCCGGAGCUGCAAGCCGACAACAUUCCCGGCAACGUCACGUGGGAGCCGGCCGGCAAGAACAGUGUCCUGCUGCGCUGGGAAGAGCCCAGGAACCCCAACGGGCUCAUCCUCAAGUAUGAGAUCAAGUACAGCCGUGAGAGCGAGUGGCAGUGGUGGGACAAGUGUUCCUGCAAUGUGUGGGGCGGAAUGAGUGCCCGGGCCCUGGCCCACGGCCGCCUGCUCCCGGCAGCCGAGGAGGAGUCUGGCAGCUUCUACGUCCUGCUCACCGUCACGCCCGUGGUCCUCAUGGUGCUCAUCUCCUGCCUCGCCGUCUUCGUCUUCUUCUACAACAAGAAGAGGAGCAACGACGGGUACCCCAGCGGGACGCUCUACGCCUCCGUCAACCCCGAGUACUUCAGUGCCUCGGACAUGUACAUCCCCGAUGAGUGGGAGGUGUCGCGGGAGAAGAUCACGGUGAUCCGGGAGCUGGGGCAGGGCUCCUUCGGGAUGGUGUACGAGGGGCUGGCGCUGGGGUUGGCCACUGAGGGCGAGGAGACCAAGGUGGCCCUGAAGACGGUCAAUGAGUUGGCCACCAUGCGGGAGCGCAUUGAGUUCCUCAACGAGGCCUCCGUCAUGAAAGCCUUCAAGUGCCACCACGUGGUCCGUCUGCUUGGUGUUGUGUCCCAGGGCCAGCCAGCUUUGGUCAUCAUGGAGCUGAUGACACGUGGGGACCUGAAGAGCUACCUGCGCUCGCUCAGGCCUGACGCCGAGAACAACCCCGGGCUGCCGCCGCCGUCACUCAAGGACAUGAUCCAGAUGGCGGGGGAGAUCGCCGACGGCAUGGCGUACCUCAACGCCAACAAGUUCGUGCACCGGGACCUGGCUGCCCGCAACUGCAUGGUGUCCGAGGACUUCACCGUCAAGAUCGGAGAUUUCGGCAUGACCCGGGAUAUCUACGAGACAGAUUAUUAUCGGAAAGGGGGCAAGGGGCUGCUCCCCGUCCGCUGGAUGUCCCCCGAGGCCCUCAAGGAUGGCAUCUUCAACACGCAGUCCGACGUCUGGUCCUUCGGCGUGGUGCUGUGGGAGAUUGCCACGCUGGCCGAGCAGCCCUACCAGGGCAUGUCCAACGAGCAGGUCCUGCGCUUCGUCAUGGACAACGGCGUCCUGGAGCGGCCCGAAAACUGCCCCGACAAACUCCAUGAGCUGAUGUGCCGGUGCUGGCAGCAGAACCCGCGCCAGCGCCCUUCCUUCAUCCAGCUCCUGGAGAGCAUCAAGGACCACAUGGCUCCCGCUUUCCGCACCCUCUCCUUCUUCUACAGCCCCGAGAACCGCCGGCGCGGCUCGGGCGGACCCUCCGACCCCGGGCCGGGUGCAGCCAGCUCCGGGCUGGAGCCAGGUCCUGGAGGGGUGUGCGUGCCUGUGCGUGUGUACAUGCGUGUGCACGCGUGUGCACGCGUGUGGCUGGGGGUGCCGGUGCCGGGACGCUGA